AAAUAAAGAGGGUUAGAGGCCAUUCGUUCAUUUGCGCUUUCCUUUUUGCGAAGUAUUUUUUUUCACCCUUUUGGAAUAAAAUAUAACUCCCCAUCAAAUUGUACAAAAAUAGGAAUAACCAAGUAGUACUACCCUGACCUGCUGUUCAAAAUGGGAAAAUUACUCAAGCCAGGAAAAGUUGUUAUCAUGUUGAAUGGACGUAGAGCAGGAAAGAAGGCGAUAAUUAUAAAUACGUAUGAAAGUCAAACGAGGGAGAGACCCUACAGCUAUUGCCUCGUUGCGGGAAUUGAAAAGCACCCUCUGAAGGUGACCAAAAAAAUGUCAAAGAGGAAAAUUAUGAAGAGAUCAAAGGUUAAGGCAUUUGUAAAGUACAUUAACGUGAAUCACAUUCUCCCAACGAGAUACCAAGUGGCCAACGACUUUGACAUCAAAAGUUUAGCAUCGGACGACGUUUUAAGAUCCAAGAAUAAAAAGAAGGAAGUUAAAAAGUUGGGAAAAAUAUUUAGAGAUAAAUUCUUAGACCCAAUUAACAAAAAAACUGGUGAAGUUUCCAAAGACAUUUCAUUCUUGCACAAGAAAUUAUACUUCUGAGUUUACAUCACCCUUGUGCAAUUUGCUUAAUGAUUUUUUUUUUUUUUUUUUUUCGCAUUUUGCACGCCUUGCAUUUUGUGCUAUUAUUUUUAUUUCAUGUGAUAAAGAACAAAAAAGGCGUUGCUUGCGUAGUUAA